CUGUGACCUAGCGACACGACGGAAGGAAUGCCAGAGUCCCGGUGUACGUGAAGAAGAAAUUAAAACAUCUUGGAAAGCAGGUUAGACAUGCCAGCAGCAGGACAAGGGUCUUCCUCUAAUGUUGUUCUUGUGUGAUGGGUCUCCUAUUGGGGUUUCCAACGUUGACUGCGACAGCAAAACAAGAAUGUUGAAGACUAGACGGCAGCAGAAAGGGUCAACAUGAAUAAGGCUGGUAAGAAACGCUACAUGUGUGGGGAGUGUGGGUACAGGACUGAUCGAAAGUCAGUGUUAUCCCAACAUGAGAGAAUCCAUACAGGAGAAAGACCCUACAAGUGUGACCAGUGUGAUUAUUCUGCAGCACGAGAAGAUACCUUGGUCCGACAUCUAGCAGGUCACACUGGCGAGAAACCCUACAAAUGUGACCAGUGUGAGUUCAGUACGGCUGGGAGAUCAAAUAUUUUCAUGCAUAUGAGAACUCAUACAGGAGAAAAACCUUACAAGUGUGACCAGUGUGACUAUUCUGCUAAACAGAAAAGUUCAUUAAACUGCCAUAUGGCAAAACACACUGGUAAAAAACCAUUCAUGUGUGAGGAGUGUGGAUUCAGGACAGCUGACAGAUCGAACUUAUCAAAACAUAUGAGAACCCAUACAGGAGAAAAACCCUACAAGUGUGACCAAUGUGACUAUUCUGCAGCAAAGAAAUCCGGCUUAGAUGCCCACCUUGCAAAACACACAGGUAAAAAACCUUACAUGUGUGGGGAAUGUUCGUACUCGACUGCAGUAAGGUCUGACUUGUUAAAACAUAUGAGAACACAUACAGGAGAAAAACCCUACAAGUGUGACCAGUGUGACUAUUCUACAGCACACAAUUCUUCCUUUUACCGACAUCUAGCAAAACACGCUGGUGAGAAACCUUACAUGUGUGGGGAGUGUGGGUACAGGACAUUGCGAAAGUGUACCUUACUCCUACACAUGGCAACCCAUACAGGAGAAAAACCCUACAAGUGUGACCAAUGUGAUUAUUGUGUAGUACAGAAAGCUGAAUUAAAGCGUCAUCUCAGAAAACACACCGGUGAGAAACCCUACAUGUGUGGGGAGUGUGGGCACAGGACAGCUGACAGUUCCCACAUGUCCCGACAUAUGAGAACCCAUGCAGGAGGAAAACCCUACAAAUGUGACCAGUGUAACUAUUCUUCAGCCACUAGGUCUGUCCUAUCCCGACAUGAAAAAAUUCACAUGAAAGGCGCUACCUCUACAACUGUGACUCUCUCGUAGUGCCAUUCAGUACACCCAAUCUUCUGUUCUUUGUAUUGAUAGAAAGCUUAAUGAUAUGUCACAGUAAUGUUCAAAACGGUCCAUGAGGCUAGCCCUCCCAGCAGGAUAACAACAAUUAGGAACAGGUAACAGUUAACGGUGUCGGUUACA